UGCGUCCCGGACACCCGGGGGUGGGAGAGACCCGGACCCAGCGACAAGGGAGGGGGCGUGCCUCCGGCUCGAGCCUGGGCACCUGCGCGGGCCCGAGGGGGCGGCCCCAGACUCGGGGGUCGCCCCACCCGCCCGCGGCCCCAAGUCUCGCGGUGCUGCGGCCUGGCCGGGGGAGCCGCGGCCCGGCACCCCCGCCGCGUGACAAAGGCUGAAGCGGGAGGAGGAGGCCGAGGAGGGGGCGGAGGCGAUAAAGGCGGGGGCGGCGGGCGGCCGCGGCGGCGGGAGAGCGCGGAGGCAGCGCCCGCCCGCGCCGUCCUUUGUGUGGCAGUGGUGGCGGUGGCGGCGGCGGCGGCGCCUGGGCCUGCGCUGGCCUCGCCUGCCCCGGGUGGGGCGCCCGGCUCCGCGCCGCCCCUCCUCGUCCCCGCCCGGCGCGCGCCGAGCCUUCCGAGCAAGAUGGCAACCCCGGCGGCGGUCAACCCUCCGGAAAUGGCUUCGGACAUCCCUGGAUCGGUGACAUUGCCCGUUGCCCCCAUGGCGGCCACUGGACAGGUGAGGAUGGCCGGGGCCAUGCCCGCCCGCGGAGGAAAGCGGCGUUCUGGAAUGGACUUUGAUGAUGAAGAUGGAGAAGGUCCCAGCAAAUUUUCAAGAGAGAACCACAGUGAGAUUGAAAGGAGGCGGCGGAACAAGAUGACCCAGUACAUCACCGAGCUCUCUGACAUGGUCCCCACGUGCAGCGCGCUGGCCCGGAAGCCAGACAAGCUCACCAUCCUGCGCAUGGCCGUCUCACACAUGAAGUCCAUGCGGGGCACCGGGAACAAGUCCACAGACGGCGCCUACAAGCCUUCGUUCCUGACGGAGCAGGAACUGAAACAUCUCAUCCUUGAAGCGGCUGAUGGAUUUCUGUUUGUAGUGGCGGCUGAGACGGGGAGAGUGAUUUAUGUGUCUGACUCCGUUACCCCCGUGCUGAACCAGCCCCAGUCAGAGUGGUUUGGGAGCACCCUCUAUGAACAGGUGCAUCCUGACGAUGUGGAGAAGCUGAGAGAGCAGCUGUGCACCUCAGAAAACUCAAUGACAGGCCGGAUCUUGGACCUGAAGACUGGGACGGUCAAGAAGGAAGGGCAGCAGUCAUCCAUGAGGAUGUGCAUGGGCUCCCGGAGGUCCUUCAUCUGCAGGAUGAGGUGUGGAAAUGCUCCUUUGGACCACCUUCCUCUAAACAGAAUAACCACCAUGAGGAAAAGGUUCAGGAAUGGCCUUGGCCCUGUGAAAGAAGGAGAAGCCCAGUAUGCUGUGGUCCACUGCACAGGCUACAUCAAGGCUUGGCCUCCAGCAGGAAUGACCAUACCCGAAGAAGAUGCCGACGUGGGACAAAGCAGUAAAUAUUGCCUUGUGGCAAUUGGAAGACUCCAGGUGACCAGCUCUCCUGUGUGCAUGGACAUGAGCGGGAUGUCGGUGCCAACGGAAUUCUUAUCCCGGCAUAACUCUGACGGGAUCAUCACAUUUGUGGACCCAAGAUGCAUCAGUGUGAUUGGCUACCAACCCCAGGAUCUUCUAGGAAAGGACAUUUUGGAAUUCUGCCACUCUGAGGACCAGAGCCAUCUGCGGGAGAGCUUUCAGCAGGUGGUGAAGCUGAAAGGCCAAGUGCUGUCGGUCAUGUAUCGAUUCCGCACCAAGAACCGGGAGUGGGUGUUAAUCCGCACCAGCAGCUUCACCUUCCAGAACCCCUAUUCUGAUGAGAUCGAGUACAUCAUCUGCACCAACACCAAUGUCAAGCAGCUUCAGCAGCAGCAGGCGGAAUUGGAGGUGCACCAGAGAGACGGGUUGUCAUCCUACGACUUACCGCAGGUUCCUGUCUCCAACCUACCAGCCGGGGUUCACGAGGCCGGGAAGUCUGUGGAAAAGGCAGACUCAAUCUUUUCCCAGGAAAGAGAUCCGCGGUUUGCCGAGAUGUUUGCAGGAAUCAGUGCAUCGGAGAAGAAGAUGAUGAGCUCGGCUUCUGCAGCAGGAACUCAGCAGAUCUACUCCCAAGGCAGCCCGUUUCCCCCGGGACACUCAGGAAAGGCCUUCAGUUCUUCGGUGGUGCACGUGCCUGGCGUGAACGACAUCCAGUCCUCUUCCUCGACGAGCCAGAACAUGUCCCAGAUCUCCCGGCAGCUAAACCAGAGCCAGGUGGCGUGGGCGGGUAGCCGGCCACCCUUUCCCGGACAGCCGAUCCCCUCCCAGUCCAGCAAGACUCAGUCUUCUCCCUUUGGGAUUGGAACGAGCCACACCUACCCGGCCGACCCCUCCUCCUACAGUCCUCUCUCCAGUCCAGCCACCUCCUCGCCCAGCGGGAACGCCUACUCCAGUCUUGCCAACAGGACUCCAGGGUUCGCUGAAAGUGGACAAGGUAGCGGGCAGUUCCAAGGGCGGCCCUCGGAAGUCUGGUCGCAGUGGCAAAGCCAGCACCACGGACAGCAGAGCGGUGAGCAGCCGUCCCACCAGCCGCCGGGUCAGACUGAAGUGUUCCAGGUAAAUCAGCGAGCACCGCCUUCUCGUAGGUACCGGCGCCUCUCUCUGCUUCCUGUCCCCCUCGGUCUCUGCCUCCCUGCCACAGCACGACUGCCGAUAGAGACUGACAUGCUGCCCAUGCCAGGAGAUCCAACCCAGGGGACCGGCAACUAUAACAUUGAAGACUUUGCUGACCUGGGCAUGUUCCCGCCGUUUUCUGAGUAGCUGCGGACAGAGCGAGGCUUCCACCGGGCAGUGCCCCCCAUGCUGUGACAUCUACGCCCACGUGAACGGGGCCCCCCCCGCGCCCUGCUUGCCCUGCCGCGGGACCCCCCAGCAGAAGACAUCUCGCCCCCCGUGUUCCCCUCACUGCCGUGGUGUUGCUCAGCUUCUAACCCACAGCUGCAGCUGCUCGGCCACCGACGAGGAGCCCAGUAGACGUUGGGGGCUGGUAGUAUUUAUUGUAUUUUACCUGUCUGUGCUUGGGAGGCGAGCCCAUUGGGUUCUUAAAACCUGGUUGUGAAUAAUCUCAUAUUAGACAAUUUUCAUCUAUAAAAAGUUCAGUUACAGCUCAGAGAGCCCGAGCGGCACCCUCAGGCCUGCCCAGGAAGCUGGAAUCUGGUUUCUUCGGGCCUUUAACUCCUGUGUCCGGGUGGGGCUUAGGGGGUGUUGGAGAAAGAGGUGAACAGGAUGCACAGGCUUUGUUCUCAGAGCUGGAGAGGAGGAGCCUGGGGACGCCGGGGGGGGACGCCGGCUCCUCUGGGCCCUGUCUCAGCCACGUCUGUCUGUGCGUCUGUCGUGCCGUGAGACGUGUGUACGUGGUGCAGUGUGAUGUGAAUCCUUGUCCUGACGGAUGUGUUGUGCCCCGUGUCUGUCGUGUGCGGCCACAGUGAGGGUCUAGAAUCCAGGGUGUGUGGCGAGAGUGACAUCCGGAUGUGCAGCCCCGUCCAAGCUGAGCAGGACCCCCUGUGGCCGGAGGAAGCAGGGCCCAGGGCCUGGGCACCGGGCGGACAGGCUGACCUGAGCAGACGGGCACUUGACAGCGUCACCAGGAGUCCUGGCCGGGAGCUGCUCACUUUGACGGGUCAGUUCUUUGGUCCAAGCCCCCCACGUGCAGAUUCAGAGCCCACGAGAGUGCCCACCCUUUCCUCUCUGUGUCUGAAGAGCGGCCUCUCCUGGUUCCGCCAGGUUUCUCAUCCUUGCCCUGUUGGUGAGAGCCGGGCUUUGUCCCCGCCCGAUGGCUGCAGGGAGCACCCCUUGAGCUCACAGAGACCCUGGCCCCCAUGGGGGUGUAAGGGGGAGGGCAGGGCGCCCAGGCCUCCCGGUCCUUCUGUGCCACAGGGUGCCUUCCUGGGACCAAGCUCUGGAGAUGACUGAGGGGUGGGUGAACCCUGUGCGUGGAGGUGGGAGCUCUGAGACGUUCCCCACCAGGUUGCCCGAGCGUCCUCUCUUCAGCCGGCUGGGAACAGUGGCAUCUCGGGGGGCGGAGGCAGGGGGUGGGGGGGGGAUUGCGGGGCUCCGGCUCCGGUUUUGGUUCCAGUUCUGAUUCUGCCGCAUACUCGCCAGGGCCUUGAAUUCCUCAGGUGGUCUCAAGAAAGAGUAAGAGCUGACUUCUAGAAGCUUCUACCUGGCUGACCUCUGAGCCCCCGGUCCCUGGCUUGCUGUGUUUCCCUCAGAUUUGAGGAGGUCAAUUGAAGAAUCCAUCCCUCCAUUUUUACUUACCUCUGCCCCUCGCGUGCCCUUGACGCUAAGGAAAGAAACUCUCAUGUUCUCUUCCUUUCCUGUCCUGCAUCAGCAUCCCAUCAGCUCACCGACUCCUAAAGGGGAGAAACGCUGCCGGUGCGUGGCUGCCUCGGGGCAGCUGGAGGAGCCCAUCCACGGGGAAAGCCUUCCCUUCCGGCUGACCCCUGUCAGGCACCUGGCUGGGAAACAGCUGGGCCAGGCAGAAUGGAGUUGCUUCUAGGCUGCCUGAGUGGGGAGUGAGCCUGGCCUCUAGCAAGGAGCCAGGGGAGAGCGUUUGCUCUCAUCCUCUGAAAGUUCUGCAUUAAAAGCCCAGCCCUGGCUGGCAUCCAGAGGGGGUGUGUGCCGAGUCUUGCCUGGAGAGCUCCAGCUAUUAUAGUCCACCAUUGUUCAGGAGACUGCCUUUGUCCGGUAGCUUUGUGUGAUCCCGGUUCCUAGGCUCUAAAUUAACACUGACGUUACAGUUUCUAGAGUGGCUCUUAAUCCUUUUGUAUGUAGUGGUGAUAGGACGUGGGGUUUAGACGCACAUGAUAGCCUUUCACCCUUAGGAGCCUUUUGGCUUCUGGGAAAAUGGCACGUGGCUGAAACUCCACACACCCUGUCAGUACCAGACCCACAAAGGGCUCCCAGGCGUGCCCUGCCCCUGGGGCCACCUCUGCCCACCCCUACCCCCAGCCCUGAUCUUGCCUCAGGCGGUGGGCUUAAUUAUUUCCCAGAAAGGCACAAGAAUAGCUUUUGGAUCAAAGAAUGGUUUCUCAGUGAAAUGAAAGUGGACUUCCUGUGGCGUUUCGUCUCUGGGUUUGGAAGGUUGGCGGGGGAUGGGGGUAUGUUUGUCUUUCCUUCUGGUUUCAGAGGGCACUUGGGGAUUUUCUGAGGGGUACACACUGGUCGGCACGCCGACUAGGCCCAGCCCACCUGGGCUGUGCUGGGUGCUGAGGGGAUGCAAAAGGACAGAGGAGGGGGCUUCCCUGGUGGCGCAGUGGUUGAGAGUCCGCCUGCCGAUGCAGGGGAUGCGGGUUCGUGCCCUGGUCCGGGAAGAUCCCACAUGCUGGGCCCGUGAACCAUGGCCGCUGAGCCUGCGCGUCCGGAGCCUGUGCUCCGCAGCGGGAGAGGCCGCAGCAGUGAGAGGCCCGCGUACAGCAAAAAACAAAACAAAAGGACAGCCUUGCCCCCAGGGACCUUUCAUCUACUUCACCCACUUACACAGCAUCUAGGGUGAGGACCACUCAGUUCUAGAAGGCAAGGAUUCAUGGGCGACUGAAAGCCAGACAUAAAGGGGGAGCAUCGUGACUAAAUAGGCCCCACGUCCCCCUUCCAGCUUUGUCCCCAGAGCCCGCGAGGGGAGUCUGACUGCAGUCUGACCCACAGCUCGAGUUCUCUAUUUUCUCUAUUCCCCAUUCCACUCUUUGGUUGUGAUUCUUAGAAGCCACUAAGGAACAGAGAAGACCCAGAGGAUCCCACAUCUGAGGGAUUCUCUCCCCAGGGAAUUUUAAGACAAACUGGGGUGAGAAUUAAAGCCCUAGAGGGUCUAAUUACCCCAGUUUGCAGAAGAACCUCCCUCGCCAGUCCCGCCCAGCCAGGAGGCCAGGAUGCCCACGGCCCCUGCGUCGGCGUGGCCUUUGGCCCUGAUCCCUCUCCUACUGGAGACGGAGGCAAAGCUGGGUUGGGAAGGUGAGCAACACCUAGGACUUCGGCUCUGGGACUCUCUUCCUCACACACACCUCAUCUCACAGCUACUAGGCCUUCGGCUGGCUUUCCUUAGGCUGAGCAAACAGAAGGCUUUCCACCCAAAAGGGCCAGAUGGUGGCUGCCUGAACUAUUGGUGAGGACGCAGACGCAGCCACGCUGAGGCUCGGCCUGGACUUGGUUAGGGAACUGCGACAGUGGCUCCGGAGGUUCUAGAACACCCUGCCUCUGUGUUGCUCCCCACUAGCUUUGUCUUUAGUUUUGGUUUCAGGGAGCAAUAGAGCAUCACAAACAGCCACAUUCUUCUCUGCUUCCCGGUUUAUCAAAUUCAACCCUUCUGUUGUUUCCUGAAUACCUGUUGCAACGAGUAGGAUUCUGAUAGCUGAUGGAACUGACAUCGGGGAGCGUGGAUCUCCUGUGCCAAUAAGGAGACUGUGUUCCCCAGACGAGCCACCCUGGACACUAUCAGUGCUGCGGCCGGGCUUGGCCGAGAGACGAGGCAGGUCCCGGGGAAAUGAGUGUGUUCCCUUCCAGACACAUCAGUAGCUGGGCCAGCAGAUGAGCAGUGAACCUCUCCCCCCUGGGCCCACCUGCCCCCUAACAGUUACGACCUGUCAUAUUAGCAAGACCAAGCCAGUCACCUAACAGCCCUAGCCAGUAACAAGUCAGGAUGGAAAUGCUCCUUGUUCUACUAGAAAGUAUGGGUUUGGUCAUGAGGUCGCCGUGCCCUGACUUGUGCCCUGACAAGUUGGGACAACCCAACUUGUCCGUUGCAACCCUUCCCCCUGUGCCAGAUUCUCAUCUUGCAUAUGAAGGGAACUGGCUGUCCUCCUUUUCCCCGGCUGCCAGGCGUCUGGGGCAACUUGAAGCGGCAUCACACAACGAUGCAGGCACAAUUUCACAUGUAGGUGUGCCUGGGUCUUGGGGCCAGAGCCUAUGGGCCAAUGACUGUGGAGGUGGGAAAAGGGGGGGGUUUCACAGGACCAGGCCAGCUUGCUACCAGUAACAAUCUCAUUUUCCUUCAAAAGCGAGAGAGUUCACAGAUGAGCUUCAGUGGACAAUUUAAGCACUUAAUCGUUUCUCUUUUAACCUUUCUUCUUAUGAAUGUGAACUGUGCUGUGAAUAAAUCAUCAUUUGUAUUGCUUGAAUGUUCUCUAUGACUAACAGUUAUUAAGUCAGUUGUGUAUAUGUGUAACUAAUGUAACUGCCUUUUAAAAUUUCAUUACAAUAAAAAUGGCUUUGCUCUGAA